AUGGCGCAAAAUUUAAUAGGUAGGAGUAACACAACUAUUGAGAAAAUAAAAAAUAAGUACAAAAAUGACAACCUUUUAAAUUACGCCAGCACAGAUAACAACCGCGUGGGAAGACAAAGGGGAAAAAAAGAAAGAGACACCCACACGGGAGGAGAACGAGGAAACGAAGACGAGGAGGAAGAGAUAGCCGAAGCGGAGAAGGACGAGACGGAUAAAGAAAAUGUAAGCAGUCACCAUUCAUACAUAAGUAGCAAAAAUGUUAACACCGCUAAAAAGGGCUCUAUGCAUAAUGGAACAAAUUUCAUCGAUAAGUACAAAAAUUUAUUCAAAAAAAGUAGUAAUUCGAAUGGGAGAAUUAGGCAAGAGUCAGACAGCAAUGGCAAGUCGGCAAUCAAGCGCAUAUUGUCCGACAGAAAUAACUCCCAUAUGACAAGUAGAAGUCACCUUUUAGUAGAUAACGCAAAAAGGAACAACUACUAUAACUUUAAAAAUGAGCGUAGCAAGCUUCAUAAUAAGGCACCUAGUUACAGUUCCUCCAACAGGAACUUCAGUGACGCUGUUAGUUCAAAGAGAAAGUUUUAUGCACUUGGAGAGAUUAACACAAAUAAGCAUGUGGGCUUGGAGAUGUACGAGCCACUGUACAGAUCUAACAAAAAGCACACGCAGAGUAGGCAGGGCUCCGAAAAUACUCACAAAUUUUCAGGCGUGGACGUGAAAGAAGAAGAUAAGGACAAUGCAGCUUUGGAUAGCUGUGAAGAUAUAAAGAAGGAAGACGACAAAAUGAAUAAUUACGAGAUGUACAAAGAUAAUAUACAUGAUGGAGACUACAUGGACCAUUUGAAAGGAACAAAAAUGAAAAACAUGUUCCUUCGAAAUGAAGACAAUAAAAGAAACAAUGAAGACAGUAAGGAAGCUAACUUCAACUUCCCCUACGGUAACAGAACAUACAAGGAUCAUCUCGCUAAUAAUCAAGACGUACCGUUUAAGAAUAAUAUUAGGUACACCUCAGCAGGGAUGGAAAUCCCAAAGCAUAAUAAUUCUAACAAAGUAGACCUUAAUAUAUUAUAUAAUAAUGAUGUAGAAAAAUUGAAUAGCAAUAUGCCUGCUUAUAAUGACACGAGUAAGCUAAUCGAGUUGCAGGAAAAGUAUAAAAAUAAUUUUCUGUACGAAAGGGAGUUCCCAAGUCAUGUUCAGGACGUGAAGGAAAGGGCAAGCAGCAAGACUAAGAAGGAGCAUGAAGAGAUGUACUCCAACAAUGCGGUGUUGUAUAGUGACACUGGGUCGAAGAACGACUUGAGGGGGAAUUUCCUUAACCAAGGGGGAAACUUCGCACCGAACAGCGUAGUGAACCAUACCGUAAGCAACAGAACGGUGAGGGAAGAGAGCAACUUCCCAGGCGAGAAGAAAAGCUCCGCCGAGAGGGAGUCCGAAAUGAUGAACAGGUAUAACUACAACAGCGACAGUAGACAUAAGGCAACCACCAACGAAAGCGGCAUAAGUACUAGGAAGCAGAAAAUUUUAGAAAAUUUGAUGAACAUUAACAAGAAUAUCGAAGAAGAGAGAAGCAGAUCCAAUGCGAGAUUGAACAGCGUGAGGAAAAAUUAUGCAGACAAUUCAUUUUACAAUAAUAAGAAUGUUCUGCACUUGGAUUAUAAGAAUUCCCAUCACAGACGUUCGAACUCGACCAACGUGAAUCUAGGCAGACAUGAUGUUGAGCGAGUUAGCAAUUAUGUAGGUUACGCUGAUGACACGCAGGCCAAGGUGACCUACUACCACGAGAGGGAGUCGGGCACCAUUUCAGGGUACGAAAAAUAUUUGCAGUUAAAGAAUGGUAAAAAUAAUGGCCUCUUGUUGAGGAAUGUUCCAGCGGAUGUAGGGGUGAACGAGCCGGGUGUGAAACCGAACUAUGAUGCAGUGCAGGCAAGUACCCAUGAUACUAUCCACAUGAACGGAAAUAACGCUGAUGCACAGCACAGCGGCAAUAACGCCCCUAAGCAGAAUAGCAUUCACGAACUGGGCGGUUUGAGAACCCUCGACUUGAAUGAACUCAGGAAAAAGCACAUGAACGGCCACAACAACGAUACGGGGGGGAAUUAUUUGCAAAAGAAAGAAGCAUACGACGAUGAGAGAAACGAAAGUUAUAACGUGUGUGUGACAAAUGAAAAGAACAAAAUGCAGCCGCUAAUCAGUAACUACGAGGAUUUAUUUUCCUUUGAUAAAAAUAUUAAAAAAAAAAAUGACAUUAAAAAUAUUGUGUGUGUGUGUCAAGCGAGCAAGCAAAUGGCUCGACUGCAAUUACACAUGGAGGAAGGGAGACAAAUGCUCGAAACGGAAAAGAACCUUUUUAAAAAAAAAAAAGACAACUUUGAAAAAAAAGUAGAAAUGCUAGCAGAGAAGGAAAAGGAAAUAGAUAAGAUACAUUCCCAAAUUAAGGAAAAAGAAGUUACCAUUGAUAAGAAAAAAAACGAAAUUGAGGAGAAGGAAAAAUAUAUCAACUCGAUAAAGAAUAAAUAUGACAAUGCACAGAAGGAGUUGCUAGAAAAAAUGAACGAAUGUAUUACCAUCGAAAAUAAGUGUAAAAAUAAGCUGUACGAAUAUGAUGAGAAGUUUGGACUGUUUAACAAAAAGAUCAAAGAAAUGGAAGAGCGCGAAAAGGAAAUUGAAGGUGAGAGGAAAAAUAUAGAGAGAAAGGAAAAAAUACUAAUAAAUGAUAAAAAACAAUUGGAAGAAGAAAAAAUGCUAACCGUGAAGGAGAAAAACGAGCUGGAAAUGCUAAAGAAGGAACUGGACUCCCUCGAAAAGGAGAAGAAAAAAAUGAUCGAAUGUGAAUAUAGUAAUUUGCAAAGUAAGGAAGAGGAACUGAGGCGAAAUGAGCGCAGUAACCUGAUAAAGGAGAACGAAUUGAAAAGUAGAAUAGACAAAUAUAACGACCUGAUCGAUGAGCUUAACAAGAGCAAAAAGGAAUUUGAAAAUGAGAGAAUCAAAAUGUUGGACCGAAUGGAAAACGAAAAAAAGCAAUUACAGAUGGAAAAGGAAAACGAAAGGAAUUACAUGGUGGAGGAACUGAACAAGGAAAGGAUGCUCAUGGUAGAAGAUGUAGACAAGAUGAAAAUGAUCAUGAUGGAGGAGAUGGAUAGGACGAAAAAUUCUAUGCUGGACAAUGUAGAAAAGGAAAACAAAAGGAUGAGGGAAGAAGUAGAAAAUGAGAGGAGAGCCAUGCUAAAAGGUAUGGAGGAGGAUAAGGAAAAGUUCAAAGUUUAUGUUGAGAAGAAGUAUAAGGAAAAUUUAGAAAAUGAAAAAUUAACACUUGAACAAAAAUAUAAAGAGGAAGCGAACAAACUGCAAAUCGAAAUCGCAAAUGAGAGAAAAAAAAUCAUGAAAGAUAGAGACUCCUUCGAGCAACAGAAAAAGAUUUAUGAAGAGGAAUUCCGUUCAAAGUGCGAAAAGUACGAAGAGGGUAUACAGAAAAAGUACGAACUGCUGGACGAGGAGAAAAGCAAAAUGAAGUACCUCAUUAUGAAGGAGCAGGAAGAGUUAGAGAACUUCAAAAAGAGAGUAUACCUAGACAUCGAGGAAGAGAAAGACAAGCUCUACGUGCAGCAGGAGAAGCUAAACCUGGAAAAGGAAAAUCUACAAGUGGAAAAGGAACAAAUAGAAAUUGAGCUGAAAAAUUAUAAAAACUUCAAAGAGAAGGAAGAAAACGACAUAAAGAUUCGAAUAAUAAAUUUGUCACAACAGCAGGAGGAUCUGAACAAGGAAAAGGAAAACAUAGAGAAGGAGAAGGAAGAAAUGGAAAAGAGAAGAUUCGAGCUGGACGAAAGGGAACAGAGUCUACAUAAUGACAAACUACAGAUGGAGGAGUCAAGAAAAAUAUUCGACGAACAGUUGGAAAAAAUUAAAAAGAACAAAGAAGAACUGCUAAAUUAUGAUAAGGACUUAAAAACGAAAGAAAUCAAUCUCAUCGAAAAGGAGAAGGAACAGAAAAAGAAUGAAGACGAACUGCAUAAGAAGAAGGAGAAGCUAAACGAAUUUGACAGCGACUUGAAACAGUACAGUGGUAAGCUACAAGGAAGAGAAAAAAAACUGAAGGAAAAGAAGAACGAAUUACAAAUGGUUAAGGAUCAACUAGUGAAUUAUAAAAAUAGCUUAAAGCAAAAGGAGGUGCAAUUUCAAAUGAUCGAGAAGAGAGAAAAGGAACUCAUCGACGAACAGACAGUCAUUCAAAUUGAUAGGAACAGUCUCGAAGCGGAGAAAAAACAGUUCUUGCUCAUGAAGGAGAAGCACGAGAAGGACACAGAAUUUAUACAAGAGCAGCUAAAACUGCUACAUGAGCAAUUGAAAAAUAAAGAAAAGUCACUGAAGGAGAAGGAAAACGAGAUUAACCUGUUGAAUAAGUUACAGAACUGUCGAAGUAAGAAUGCAAAGGGGGCAAUAAUAUCUCUGAAAAAUUUAGAAAACAGAAAACUCAGCUCGAAUCUAUCCAGAGCUAGCAACUCCAAGAAUAAGGUUAAGGUAAAAAUUAUUGGCAAAAAUAGAUUAGACCUAAUCCGAAGGAAGAAUAGAAAAAAAAGCAUCAAUUUUAAUUACAACAAUUUGGAAAUUAAUAAUAGCAUUCAAUAUAUUGAUAGCAUGAUAAAUGAGAAUUUUAAAAAUAAGCCUUUUUUGAAGUAUAAAAAUGGCAACAGUUUGGGACUAUCGGAGGCGUUUCAUCCGUCAGACCGGGUAGGCAACAGUGAUAUGAGGAUCAAUACGACAGUGAAGGAGUCUAAACCGGGGGGGUCAAAUAGAAUGGAUACGUAUGACAGUAGUGCACCCCAGGUGGACGCUUCGUACGGUCCUAUUAAUGAGAAAGGCGGCGUUAUUAACGUGUCUACCACCUAUGGUAGAAAGAAUACGGUCGAUUAUUCGCUAACCCAUGACGGGGCGCACUACUCGGAUAACAACUCCAGUAGGAAGAUGCACCCGGGUAGCAAAUCUAGAAGUAACUUUGAAAAGGAUCCCUUCAAUCAAGUGGGUACUUUCGCAAUAAAUGACAACCAUCAAAUGGUGAACAAGAACGAUAUGGUGGGCAAUGUUGGGGACGAUAUGGCGAAUGAGUAUGCAGAGAAUUACAAUUACGGCUACGGAGGGGAAGGUGGUGAGACCUUAGAGGAGGGGCGGUACGAGAGGCAGCGCAGCACCUACGCAAACGUUCCUCAUGGGAAUAAGACCACCUCCCCGAACGAAGGCAUCUUCAGCGACGGUCACGGGCAGCGGGAUCGACGUGAUAACCGUGACAACCGCAACAGUCACAACAGUUACAACAUUAACGACCUGAGCACGAAUAUCAAGAUGGGAAACAGCAACUUGACUUACGCUUCAAACAUGAGGACGGCCUCGAGGAUGAAUUUCAAGGAGCACCGACUGCAGGCGCAUGGAGAAAACAUGCUGGCGUCCCUAAACGUGAACAAUUUAAUAGAAUCCGAUUUGAUAGAUGUAAAAAGUAACUACGGUAAUUCAUCGGGUAAGCAGAAUAGUAAGUACGACGGGGAUUUUCUCCUCACGGAUUAUGAGCAAAGAGACAUGAACGUAAUUACGGGGGAGGACCACCAGUGCGAACAGCAGCAACAACAGCAACCAUCCCAACCGUCGCAUCAGGGGGGGAUGGACUAUGGAAAUUAUGAGGGGAGCAAGGAACCCAAGCAGGACGUCCAACGGAUUGAUACCAUUAACAAAAAUAUUAGCACCAUUAACGAUGACGUGGAUCACAUAAACAGCAACAUAAACAACAUAAAGGAUAAUCUGCACAAAAUUAACACCCAUGUUCAUGGAGGAGAGGACAUACAAAGGGGGUUCCCUCCGAAAGGGGAUGGAGGGAUGGCAGCUCAGGGGUUUGCGAAAGGCAACGACCACAUGAGCAAAAACAGAAGCAGAAAUGGGAACGCAAAUGGGAACACAAAUACAAAUGGAGGUGGGAAAAAUUUAGUCCCGCUCAACCAGAUAGACAACCUGGUAAACAGAAACAUGCAGUCGAUAAACCACAUGUCCAACUUAAUGCAAAGUGGGAAGAAGAUGAAAGGGGCACUGAACAAGCAGACGGAAAAUAGCAGAAUCGCCAAUCAGGCGAAAAAGAAGGACAACAGAGGUAACACAGAUAACAGGGACAACCUUUUCAAUUACAACGGUGAAGAAAAUGAAUCGAUAAAAAAGGAGAGCAGCUUUAACGAAUUCCUGGAGGAGAUAAAUUCUGAAAAGUACUACGGUAAUGUUGGUAAGGGUGUCUCUGAAAAGGAAAACGAGGAUUUUUACCAUAACAUGGAAAAAUCACUAAACAGUAGAAAUAUGAAUGAUUCGUUUGAGUACAAACCUUUGGGGAAGCCAAGCGGGGGUGGUGCGUAUGAGGAGGACUACGGGAACGAGUACGGAGGUGGCACGCACAACCGUAUCCGUUACGACGGUACGAGUAGACCCUUGAAGGCAGCCCCCCAAAAGAAAACCAACGUCAGGAUGAUGGCAGACAACGGUUACAACAGUGACAGUAACGUCCUGAGGGGUAAUAACCUCCCCUCAAGUGAAGAAAAUUGUAGAAGAUUGAAUUCGAAUUCGAUCCACCAAGGGGAUGGAAACAACUUCAAGACGCGAAACAACAGCAGUAACGUCUACUACGAGAAGGAUCAUAAUGCUCCCCAAAAUUACAGGAAUGAAGUAACACGCAACAUGCGGAAUAAGAAGCAAGAAUUCUACGAAGAUAAUUUUGCUCCAAACACAAAUGAGCAGAAGAACCCGUUUUAUGAUAAAAGUGGUAAACAGCUAGAUCAGGUUGGCAACCCUGCUGGGCGGGAAGGCAGCCGAGGUAACAAGGCCAAUUUAGUCGACGCAACCACGAACAGGAACGCGCACAGAAGCGCCAGCAAUAAUGCUAACAAAAACGCCAACCUGGUGGGGAUAAAGGGAUUCAUGAAGGGGAUGCAAAAUGGGCGUGAGCUUGGCACCACGGGCAGCGGCGGGAAUAGCAUAAUCGAGCAGCUCGACAAAACAUUGCUGAACAAGUCUAUCAUGAUGAACAAGGGUAAAAAGAAGUGA